AUGAAUAAAACUAAUUGCUUUCCUAAAAUUCAAAAGGCUUAAUCAACAGUAAAGAAUUUAAAAUUAUUAUAGGCAAAACUUAUAAUAAAGACAGAUUGGGAUUAGAGUAUUAAUUCCAGCAUUCCUCUUACAAUAAGAGCAGAAAUGUCAUCAAACAGGAUGAAAACUGAUUUUACUAAUAAAAACUUUUCAUCCAAUUCUGACGUUUCUUAUCUCAAAUCAAAACAUAAAAAAAUUCAAUCUAUUGAAAGCAUUAUCUAUCAAGAUCCAGAACUCUCUUAAACAGUAAAUAUAAUAUUUUAUAACUACUAUAGAAAUAUGAUAAAUCUUUACAAAGUUUUUAUAGUACAAUGUAUAGAAAAUCAUAAAACAAAUUACAAUUCAAUAAUAAAAUUGAUAAAACUACUAUUAAGAGCUAAUGGUUAGAUUUUGAAGAUUUAUUAAAGGAUAAGAACUUAAUGGAGAAUGGGUUAUAAAAAUACUUCUUUGAUAUUUUAAAACAUGAAAUAAAAUAAUAGCCAAAUUAAUAAGCUAUUCCUCCUAAUAGACAAUAAGCCUUAGAUUUAAAGGAAUGGUUAUUCUUCAUGAUUUAAAGAACAAAAGAUAAUAGUAAAAACUUAAAUGCCAUAUAGAUUGCUGAAGAAAUUCAAUUAAUUUAUACAACAUGUUUCAAAGAAAUUAUAUAGUAAACAUAAAUGAUAAUUUAGAUAAGUUAAAGUUGAAUGUGUAGAAAGAGGUGAAUUAUUAUAGAUAAUAUGGGAUUUUUAUAUCUAAUUAAUUGAUUAGGUAAUUAAAAGUUCAAAUUAAUAAAUGAAAGGUUUUGAAUUAGAAAUGAAAAAUAAAAUGAUUGAAUAAUAAAACUAUUAUAAUGAACAACUUCAUUUUUAGGAACUUCUUUAUAAUGAAAGCAAAAAUUAAAUUAAAUAACUAUAAUUUGAUUAUGAUAGAGCAUUAGAUAUUGAUUAAUAACAAAAAGAAGAGAUAUUACAGUUAACAUAAGAAUAUAGAGAAGCACUAGAAAUUAUUGAUUCACAUAGAAAAUAAAUAGAUGAAUUACAAUUAUAAAUUGUUAUGUUAAAAACUGAAUAAGUUAAUGAUUCUAAACCAGAAAGUGAGAAAAUAAAUAUCAAAGUUCAAUAAGGAUAAUCUAUAGUAUCACAUUUAAUGAAUUUUUAAGCUAAAAUUGAUAAUAAUUAGAAGUAUAGAAUCAAAUCUCCAUUUAAAUCUCAAGGAAGCAAAUCUCCAUGCAGAUCACCUAAAAAAAAUAGCAUGAUAUUUGAUAGAUGGGAGUAGCUUAAAUAAUAAGAAAAUUAAUUAAAAUCAUAGAUAAUAUCACUAAAAUACUUAGAUUUUGAUAAAGAUUAUCAACCCUCUUAAAGUAAAAUAGUAUAAAUAAGUGGUACAGAUGAUAAGGCUAUAUAGACAGAAGAUUAUGUUUAAGAUAAUUAAAAUAAUACUAAAAAAGAAGAAUAAUAUAUUAAUAAUAAUGAUUCAAAUAUUUCAAUUUAAGAGAAUAAUAAUAAAACUUUAUCUGAUGAUUUAGAAUCAAAAAUAUCUAAGGUUUUUAAAUUGUUAGGAGACUAAAAAUUAGAUGAUAAUUAAAAAUUAUUAUUAUAUUAAACAUUAAGUGAAAGUAAAGAAGUAUGUGAAUAAAAUAAAUCAUUAUCAUAAAAAUUGAUUUCAAUGAAUAAAUUAGAUUCAAUGAAUAAAAUGGAAUUAUUAGAAAAGGAAGAAUUAUGUUAAGAAUUGGAAAUGAAACUUAAAUAAACAGUAUAAGAUUUUAUUUCAAUAAUUUCAAAUAGUAAAAGGAAAUUAAAGAAGCUUGUUUCAAAAAAUACAUAGUUGAUUGGAACUUUAAAAUAAAUUGAAAGCAAAUAUGAAAUUGUAAUUAAUGAUGUAAAACCAAUAGAAGAGGAGGAAAGUCGGAUCAUGAAUUUAAUGAAUGAAGUAGAUGGAGAUGAAAAUGUAUAUAGUAUUGGUAAAGGAUCUUAAAAUAUGGAUGAUGAAGGAUCUUUAUAAAUUUAUGAAGAUGAAUCUAUUAAACAUUCAAUUAAAAUGGUAGGUUCAAUUUAAUUCUAAAAAUAACCCAAUUAAAAAUCUUAUGAUUAUAAGAAAGCUAUAUCAGAAACUAAUUUAGAUGAUUAAUAAGAAUAAUUUGAUAAUAGUUUUAACAAUUAAAUUAAUUCAAAAGAUGAAUUAAAUAAUUAAAAGAAUGGAGAUUAUAGUAAAAAAUAAUCAUAACAUGUAAAUAUUAAUGAUGAAGAUAUUUAUAAAGAAACUAGAGAUUAAAUAUAAUCUGAAAAUUCAAAAUCAGAUUAUUUGAUUAAUCCAAAUUAAAAGAAUUAAAAUAAAGAAUUAGAUGAAAGUAAAACAUUGAAAUCAUCUACUGUAAACAAAAAUAAAAUAAAUAAUCUAAAAAAAUAAAAAUCCAUUUAAAAACCUUAAUAAUAAUAAGGAGAUCGAAAAUCUAUUAAUUAAUAAUAAAAUCAUAUGCGAAAUAGUAAAAAUUAAUUAGAAAAUAAAAUUGAAAACAGAAAUUCUAAAAAUAAUAUAAGUAAAAGUCCUAUUGGAGAAAAAGAUGAAAUUUCUUAUAUGAAUUAAAGUUAAAAAAGUUUAAUAGAGUCAGAAAGAAUGGAAUUAGAUUAAGAUAAAAACUGUGAUUAAAGAAUUAAAGAUGUCAUAAAACAAUAUAAAGAUAAAUAAUUUACUAAAUGUAAUAUUAAUAUCAAAUAUAUAGAUUCAUUUGCUCAUAAAACACUCAAUUUUAAUUUACUUUAAGAAACAAAGCAACCAAAAAGAUUUAGAAGAGUUUACAGUUAAAAUACUGAUGUAGCUAAUAAUUUACUUAAAUAAGUAAUUAAUAGUAAAAAUAUAACUAAAACAUUAUCAUUUCUUUAAUUCAACAAAAUAAUUAAUUAAAUACUAACUGAAGUUUCUAAAUAGAAUGAAGGAUAUAAAAUUCCAUUUCAUGUUUGUAUUUAUGAUUUUAUAAAAAAUAAAUAUGGAUUUAAACAGGUGGCUGAAAAAAAAAUAAAAUAAGUAAUUAAUUAACUAUUAUGAAGAUUUAUGAAUUUAUUAUUAUUGAAAAAGAAAAUAAUACAAAAGUCUUGUUAAUUUCAAAAUAUUGUAAUUUAAAAAAUGAAAUUGAUGAAGUUGCUCAAAAACUAUUGAUAGAAGCUUUUGUGUUUUUUAAUAAUAAAAUAGAAUCAAAUAAAAAUGAAUUUUUAAUAACAUAUGAAUCAGCAAAUGAAUUUUUAAAUGAUAAAUCUUAACUUUGGUUAUAAGCAAAUCAAAUAUAAUAGUUAUAAAAUUAAUUCAAAGUCUAAAAUUAAUAAUAUGGAUCUAAUAAAUAUUGCAUUAAUUAUGAUUAAUUUAUUAUGAAAAUCUUAGAUUUUUAUAUAUUUAAUAAAAAAGACUAUUAAAAUAUAUUGGAAACAUUAUUUAAAGCUGCAGAUUUAGAUGGAAAUAAACUAAUAGAGUAUUAGGAAGUAAAUAAUAUAUGUUAAAUUUAGUUUAAAACUCUUUAUAGAGCAAUCCACACCUAAUAAAUAGAAACAGAAAAUUUACUUUAGAUGUUUGUAAGAAAUGCUGACUUUGCCGAUGAUUAAGGAGAUAAGUAUCUAACUUUGCCUAGAUUUACUGAAAUGGCAAUUGAAUUAGCUAUUUUCCCAAAAGAUUCAGUUAUUAAAUAUGGUGAAGGAUGUGAGAAAAUAAAAGAACAUUGGAAAACUGAAAAAAACACUAUAAAACUAAGGUUUUUAGAAGCUAAAUAAUAUUCAAAAGUUAAACAUACAUUUGAAGAAUUAGAUAAUUUAAUAAAUAAUGAUAAAAAAGAGAUUUAAAGUAUAAUAUUAUUAUAAUUAUUAGAUGUAUUAUGGAUGAGUUAUAAACUUCUUAAUGAAUAAUCUUUGAGAGUCUAUCUUAAGUAAAUAUUCAACAUAUUUCAAGAUAUUAAACCAAAUAGUGUCUUUCUGAAUUGCUGCCUUUGGAAAUUUUAUAAAUUCAAUAGUAAUAUAAAUAAUUAGAUUCAAUUGAAUGA